UACGUGCUGGAGGCGGGCAGGGUGGGGAAGGCCGCGGCCUGCUACGGGCUGGCGGUGCACAUGAAAAUAUACCCGCUGACCUAUGCGCUGCCCAUAGCUCUCCACCUGCAGAGCAGACGGAGUGCUGGGGAAGGGGGCCUGGGUAGGGGGCAUGGCGAAAAAGCAAAGUUUACAUUUGUAAGGCACCUCUGGCAGCUUUUCAUAAAGAUGUGGGAGUUUUUGGAGCAUGCCUACCUCUACCACCUGACCAGGAGAGAUAUCCGUCAUAACUUCUCUCCCUAUUUCUACAUGUUGUACUUAACUGCAGAGAGUAAAUGGAGUUUUGCCCUUGGGCUCGCAGCUUUCCUGCCCCAGCUGCUUCUGCUGCUGGUUGUGUCUGUAGCAUUUUACAGAGACCUUGCCUUCACUUGUUUCUUACACACUGCUAUUUUUGUGAGUUUUAACAAAGUAUGCACAUCCCAGUACUUUGUCUGGUAUCUCUGCCUUUUGCCCCUGAUAAUGCCUAGUAUUAAGAUGUCCUGGCGUCGUGGUGUCCUGCUUCUCUUCUUGUGGUUUCUUGGACAAGGCCUGUGGCUCACCCCUGCCUACUUCUUGGAGUUCAAAGGAUACAACACUUUUGUACUUAUAUGGCUGGCAGGUUUGCUUUUCCUGUGUAUUAAUAGCCUCAUAAUUGUUCAGAUUAUUUCACAUUAUCAAAAAGAAGCACAAGUUGCAAAAACACUGAAGCAACAGUAA